AACGGGGAGAAGGGAAUUCCAUGAUCUCACGCUCGUAGGAAUCAACGCGGAAAACGAAACGUAUGGCAGAAGUUUGUGACUAUUUCACCGAUAAAGACGUAUAACUACACAGUCCUCUAGCUAGAAACGUUCUAUUCAUGUUUGAUAUCCUUUCACAACAUGGUCGAUCGAGAAAGAGCUCUGGGGAGAAGGGCACGCGAGCCCUCUGGCGAAGGUGACAGCACUGUACGAGCACAAGGCAUGCCGCUGCUGGAAUGUUCGUUAAUACCACCAAGACCGACAGCAGGCCUGCCGAUUCCCAACGCCGCUGCUCACUUUUUAGCUCGAGAACUAGGACAUUGUUCACAGUGUGGAUCUAAUAGUUCAACAGCUGUUUCGUCGGUGGCUUCGGACUUAGACAGUUACGGAUCAGGAAGAGAUUUGCUCCCACCGCCUUUAUCCUGCUCGAGAUCGAGACAGGUUUAUAACGGUACGCCGGUUUACGAUGACAUUGAGGGAAAUAGCCCAGUACAGUGUAAGAAAACGUCGAGGACGAGACGAUGUUUUUGUAGCCUACCCGUUACAUGUCUGCUCACUUUUUUAGUCAUAACUGGUAUUGCUGCAGCAGGGACAGCAUUUUACUUCCUUAUAUAUAAGCCCGAUGUGGAAAGACUCCAGCAAAAGAUAAACAAAACAGAAGACUUGGCGAAGUUAAAACAGUAUAAUGGUGAAAAUUUGAAGAACGCACGCCAGUUAGAAGGGGAAGGCCCCUUUGCGUUCCUUUAUGGGAAGAAGCCAGAAAGAGGUGAUCCAACACCAAUUGUAUGGGACACAGAAAGACGACGAAAACCCCGCAAUACUAUUCUCAAGAAUAUCACCGAGCACAAGAUUCGAAAUGACCAUCAUCUUAGGGUACACCAACGUGGAAUAUAUCGAGUUCAAAGCCACCUUUGCUUCAAAGUUCAAGUGGACGAAGCAGACGACAUCUCGAGCACCUCACUGACUAUGAGCGACGGGGACGAGCGCAUCGGCAGAGGGCGCUCCAAGACAUUCUUACAUUUUGUGAUAAGAAAUUGCCAGGGAAACGAAGAUGAAGUGUUGAAAACUUUGAAGCUGGUUUAUCUGCUGCCGGGAGAAGAGUACAAAUACUGCAGCGAUCUGUCCGGCCUUGUUGGCAUGGACAGCGGCUGCUCUUUGUAUACUAAAAUAAAAUGUGAAGACGACUCAAGUGACCUUACACAAUAUCUGGAGCAUUAUAAUUGGAACUUUUUUGGAUUAAACAAAGUGUGACGGUUGAUGUUCUUUCAAAUUAAGUGGAUUUUUCCUUUGAAAUGAUACCAAGUGACAAAUAACAUCCGUCCUUUUUAUUUUUUUUCUUUAUUUCAAUACAUUUUUCAUGACACUGCUUGAAGAUUUUCAGAAAAAUUAAUAUAUGUUAUAAUUGUGCUUAAUUUGUUAUUUUAACUUUUAAAUAACUCCCAACUGCAUGAAUAUCAUAUAUGUCAUCUUAUUGCUUUUUUAUUUUAUCGGAAAUUGAUAUUAUGUACGUAUUUGUAUUAUAUGUAUAUAUACAAAUGUAUUUUGUACAUUAUGCUGACAAUAUAAG